AUGCUUCUCCUGCUGGCAAGCUCAUUAUUGUGCCUGGGUUCGGUAGCCUCACCUAUCACAGGCAAGGUCUCUUCAGCUGGUUCCGAACCAUACCAAGGCACAUUCCAGAACCCUUCCAUUCAUGUUCGGCCGAAAUUCCGCUACUGGAUCCCUGAUGCGUCUGUCGACCAUACCGCUGUAGCCAGAGAUGUCCUCGCCGCCCAGAAGGUUGGGGCUGGUGGACUCGAGCUGCUUGGGUACUAUCUCUAUGGAGGGCCGCCGUCCAAUGGCGCAGGCAGAGGUGAUGGCGCUCCAGUCGACUGGGCUGUCUAUGGAUUUGGCACCCCGGCGUGGCAUGCUACUUUUCAAGCUUUUGCGGAGGCUUGCCAAAACAGUAGUAUCUUGAUGGAUUUUGCCAUGGGUCCUAAUCAAGGCACCGGCGUACCAGGCCCAGUAGGGUCCGAGGGCCUCUCAUGGGAUCUUGUCGCCUACAAUAUUUCAGUACCGAUCGGAGGAUCGUUCAACGGAACGCUCCCCGGCUGGGGCACUGGCCAACUGCAAGCUGCUGUGACCGCAUUGACGGUCAAAGCGGACAAUCUUACAAACGCCCUGGGGCCUAGCUUGCCAGGAGAUCUCGCUGCAAAUCGUACUCAGAUCACGCUCUCUGAGGCCAGUCUCAAAGACGUUACGGACGAUAUCACCGAGGACGGCUCCUUAUCCGCGGAGUUUGACGCCAAUGCCACAGGUCUACAUAAUACCAUCUUCGCCAUCUACCUCGUCCAUUCGAACUACAGAGCUCAAGACGGACCAUUAGAUAUCAAGGGUCCACAGAGCAAUCCGCAGUCCUACAUCAACAAUGGUUCAUGGGCAGUGGACCACUUCUCAGCCCGAGGAGCCAAAGUUAUGACGGACUUCUGGGAGCAACAUAUUCUCAUCAACGGGACACGCCAGCUUCUCAUGGGUGUUGGCAACUACGGGUGGGAAGAUAGUGUCGAGAUAGAAUCCAACGUUUUCUGGACCGAGCAUUUGCCAGACCAGUUCGCUUCCGACCAUGGCUAUUCUAUAGCAAAAUGGCUGCCGACCCUUUUCCACAGGAAUGGCCACGGAGCACAGUCCUCUCCUCCGGUCUGGUAUGUAACUGACGCCAUGGAUAGCGGAGAAUCUCGUCGAGCGGAUUACAGAGAAACACUUGCAAAACAAUACCAGCAAUACCUUGGCGCUCUAAACUCCUGGGCAGAAAACUACCUCAACCUGAAGUUCUCGGCUCAAAUUUCCUAUAACAUGCCGAUGGAUAUGCUUUCGUCGAUACCAACAGUGGACAUUCCCGAAUGUGAAUCCCUAGAUUUUAGCGAUUUAAUCGACGGAUAUCGUCAAUAUUCAGGUCCCGCCCAUCUGGCUGGCAGAGCCGUCGUCUCUUCCGAGUGCGGAGCGGUCCGUGAUGAGGCCGUAACGCAAACCCUUACGGAGCUUUUGUGGCAUGUCAAACGGUCGUACGCGGGAGCGAUCAACCAAUUCGUCUUUCAUGGUUUCCCUUAUUCAGGACCGUAUGGUAACACCACGUGGCCCGGCUGGACGACGUUCAAUUAUCAGUACUCGAUGAUGCACGGACCCCGCGAGCCGGCCUGGGACUUUUACCGCGAUCAGAUCGAUUUUGUUGCCCGAAAUAACUUCAUCUUACAAUCGGGAGUACCCAAGGUGGAUAUUGCAGUGUACCAGAAGUUCACCACUCAGCCCGGACAUAUACUCUUCAGAACUUAUGCACCCAGUGAUCUUGAGAAGCUAGGCUAUACUUAUGAGUACUUUAGUCCUGACAACCUCGCACUGCCCGCGGCCGUUGUCAGGCAAGGUGUCCUUGCUCCUGAUGCCCAGGCGUUCAAAGCCAUGGUGAUACGCGCCAACGAUUCCUUGACCAUUUCUGGAGCUUCCAAAAUCGCAGAUCUUGCUAACGCUGGGCUACCGGUUAUCUUUGCUGGUGGAAUUCCUACAACUUAUCUUGGUUUUAACAAUGCUAGUCGAUUGACCCAAUCUCGACAGUGUUUGGAUUCUUUGAAGACAUUGCCAAAUGUCCACAUUACAGAGACUUACGAAGUGGCAUCAACCGUUGCAUCGAUCGGGAUCCAGCCAUCCACAAAGAUCCUCUCCAAAUCCGGGAAAGGGGAAUGGUUCACAUAUUGGCGCUCGAAUGACACUCGGGUUUCCAGAGCUGAUUACGUCUAUGUCUACAACGAUGCCAAAGAUUUGGCAUACGGCGAAGGCGACACCGAAGGCGUCAUUGAGUUUCAGAGCAAAGGUUACCCUUAUUCUUACGAUGCCUGGACCGGGUCCCAAACACCGGUUGUGACGUACACGCAGACGAACAGUACGACGCAAAUCCCGCUUCGACUAACCGGCAAUCAAUCGACCAUUAUUGCUUUCCUCGCCGCUCCCCUCGAGCCGGAGAACUACCCAUCUGAAAUCCUGAAAAAUGUCUCCGAAGGGGUGCUCUCGGCGUCGGUAGUGAAUGGAAGCAUCAACCUCUUCUCCGGCCCGGCCCCGGGGAGUCAGCAAAGAAAUACCUACACACUGGCUAACGGUACGAUAGUCCCGAUCCCGGUCCCACAGAUGUUGGCUAUUACAUUGUCAAAUUGGACAUUAGUUGCCGAGCACUGGACUCCCCCAGCGGAUCUGUACAACUUUACAAGCGGCGCCGUGAAGUACAACACGACUCAUUCUCUAUCGGACUUGGUGUCCUGGCAAGAUAUCCCAGGUCUACAGAACGUCUCAGGGAGAGGAUAUUACAGCACCGAGUUCGACUGGCCGUCUGCUGCCACAGCCGCAGGUUCGGGGGCUUUCCUCUCGCUUCCCCCAGUUCGGCACAUCUUACGUGUAGCCCUAAAUGGGCAAGCUCUUCCGCCCCUUGACGUGACAAAGCCACAAGCCGAUCUUACACCUCAUCUCGUCGACGGAAAGAACACGCUCAGUCUGACAAUUGCAACGCCGCUUGGGAACGUGGUCAGGACCAUCUGGAAUGAGCUGGAAAGUAGCGGGACAGGACCGACAGACCCUGGUGCCAAUGUGGCUUUGCCGCCCGUCGUAGAGUAUGGGGUGGUGGGCCAGGUUGAGGUAGUGCCUUUCAUACGGGUCCCUAUGUGA